AUGAACAAACGCCUCUCCAAACUCUUCAACAUGUCCACCAGCACUUCCCCAUCCAAAUCCUUCACACUCCUCGAGUUCCUCCCCGCCGAGCUCCGAGACCGCAUCUGGGAACAUGUCGUCGACCCCUUCCGUGUCCUGCGCAUAACCCUCUACCAAAGCGGCUUCCCACCUACCGCCCAAUUCCUAGGUUCCUUUCUCUACGGUCCGCCCUGGCAUGUAAAAGUCGGCUCUACCCCGAAUCUCAGAGAAGCCACGCGCCAUGUGCGCAAUCUGCUGCUGGUAUCCAAGGCGGUCUAUAAGGAUAUCAAGCUCCGUAUCCUGCCGGAUCUGCUUUUCGUGACGGUCGAUUGGGACGCGCCCUACUCGACAAUACCGAACUCCGGAAGGGGGGAGGUGGUGUACAGCAUUCCGUGGAACAGAAAGACGGAGAGGAUCUGUUUCGAGAUGGUGCAUCUGAACUGGCAGAAAAAGGACCGCGUGAGGUUGGUGGACUGGGGGAACAGGGAGGAAAUACAGAGGACAGGCAACGGCCUACCUGAUCCGCCGGUGUGGGUGAAUGAGACAGGGUAUGAGCCGUUUGGUCAAGACGACGGUGAUGAUGAUGAUGCCGCGGAGUCAGAUCCAGAUGAGAGUCGCAAUCCAUCCCGGCCGUCAAAGUUUUACCUCCCUCCCGCUUCGCUUCUGGUCGACCAGGACCAAAACCCUCGUCCUCCUGAUGCUGCUGUUGCUUUCCGGUACAAGCCCGACCCUAAAGCCCUCGGCGAGAUCUACAUCCCCUACUCGCAGGUCCGAACCUUGUGUCAACGUCAGAUCAGCCUCGUCCCCACCACCCCCAUUUUGGGUGAUGAACAUCAAGUCCAACAACAAGUCCAACAAGAAGCCCACUACAACUCCUCCAAUCCCGCUCCUCCUCCUAGCCAAGAUCCUCCGCGUCACCAACAUAACCCUCAUCGACGACGACUCCAUCCUGAAUAA